AUGUAUGCAGUAGCAUUUUUCUAUGUUUGUAUAGAAUAUAUUGGUAAACUGACCAUUGAAGAUUGGAACCGUCGGCAACACUCUGAAAAAUUUGAAUCUGAUAUUGUAAACAAAGUAAAAGCUUUGAAAUUAGUAGAAGACUGGGAAAGAAUCUCAAAUGAGUUGAAUCAGAUGAGGGAUCAUGAGGAUGUAGAACAAUUCUGUACAAGAAAAGUUGCAAGCCUUUGGAGUAAAGUUGAACCAAAAUUAUUGAACACUGUCAAAACAAAAGCAAAACUCAUAUUUGCAUUUGAUGAAUCAUGGUCCUUGCUACAGAGACCAUCUUCAAGAGAAACUGCACAGAUAUUUCCUCAGACAUUUAAUAACCUCCCAAACCUUCAUGUGAGUCAACAUCUUGUAAUGCAUGCACAAAAUUAUGGUACACUGGUUAAUACAGCAGUUGCAGUGAAAGAGAUGGUUCACCAGAUUUUUAAGGGAAUGGGUCCAAUAAUCAUUGUAUCCAACAAAAAUAGUGGAACUGGUGAAGAUUUAGACAAUGCAGUCAAUAAUAAGGGAGAGUUGUUUUCAGGAAAUCAGCAUUUUACAGAAAUUAGUGUCAGAAAAUGUUGGCCCAGGGCACAUGUUGAACAAAUGAAUCUUCCAACAAAGCUUGUUUAUGUUGGCAAUUGGUUAGAAUAUGAUCUAGCUUAUGCAUAUGACUAUUAUUUGGACUUGAAAGCAGCUUUGUUAAAGAAGAAAUUGAAGUAUUAUGAUUCUAUCUCUUACUCUGUAAUGGAUGAUGAUGAGAAUGUCAAAUGGAUACAUGUAAGCAUUGGAGAUAUUUAA